AUGUCGAUAUUUUUUAAGGCGCCGUUAGAUAUUGAAAUUAGGUUAGACAAUGAGGAUACUCGGAAACAUGUUGACGUGAAAACUCCGCAAGGCAGAGUCGAGAAGCUUCCUAUAUACAAGGAUGGUGAAUCAGUCAAAGGUGUGGUUACGUUGCGUACCAAGGAAGGAAGGAAAUUGGAACACCUUGGUGUUAGAGUGCAGUUGUUAGGAUCAAUUGAAACCAAUACUGAUGGGAUACUGUCGUCAGAGUUUUUAACUUUGGCCACAGAAUUAGCUGCGCCUGCGCAAUUGUCGCAUCCCGAAUCAUAUCCUUUUGAAUUCAAGAAUGUCGAGAAACAGUAUGAAAGCUACCGUGGAAAGAAUGUGAGACUAAGAUACUACAUUAAAGUCACAGUGUUGAGAAAGUCGUCUUCAGAGAUAAUUAGGGAGAAGGAAUUGUGGGUUUAUCAAUAUGCUACAGCAAUCCCUAAACAGGCAACUACAGGGAAUAGUAAUUCUACGGCCGAUUCAAAAUUGGGUAGCAAGAAAACCAAUGAGGAAGCAGCACUGGGCGCGGCUACAUCAUCCAGUAAUGAUGGUACCAAUAAGGGAAGCACUAUAGCAAAAAGGAAUGAGUCACAUAGCGUGAAAAUGGACGUAGGGAUUGAGAACUGUUUACAUAUUGAGUUUGAGUAUUCGCGAUCUAGGUUUUCCCUUAAAGAUGCCAUAAUAGGUAAAAUAUAUUUCUUGUUGGUCAGAUUGAAAAUCAAGCAUAUGGAGUUGUCGUUGAUCAGAAGAGAAACUGUGGGAGCACCACCUAACCAAGUCACAGACAGCGAAACAGUAGUCAGAUUUGAAAUUAUGGAUGGUGCGCCUGUCAAGGGCGAGACGAUACCAAUACGUUUAUUUUUGAAUGGGUUUGAUUUGGUGCCAACUUAUAGAGACGUCAAUAAAAAAUUCUCAACAAGAACCUAUCUUUCACUUGUGUUAAUUGAUGAGGAUGCCAGAAGAUAUUUCAAGCAAAGUGAAAUCAUUCUUUAUCGAGAUCAAUAG